AUGAAAUUUUGGAAAACUUAAUGUAUAUAAUUUAGGAUUCAAUCAAUUUCAGUAGAAGAGGAACCUUUUAUAAAGAUAGAAGAUCUUUAUUAAAUAUUGACCUUGGAUAUUGAUGAAUCACUUUUUAAAGGUUUAGUAGAUGUUCUUGAAUUUCUCUUAAAGACAGAUAAUCUAUAGCUAUAUGAAUCUUUAACGAAUAAGUAAGGGAAUCAAAAGGAGGUGAAAGGUAAAAUUAAGUAAAUCACUGAUUUAUUGAGAAAUAUUCAAGAACAUACCUUUAGUUAAAAUAGCUAUUCUACAGAGGAUUAUGAAAAAGCAAGAUAAGACUUUAUUAAGUUGAUCGCAGGAAACUAAAAGAUCAUUUAUUUACUUAUAUUUUUAG